UCCCGAGCGCGCCCCCGCCCGCCGCGUCACGUGAUGCAGCCGUGGAACCUGAGCUGCCGGGUCUAAGCCGAGCUAAAUUCGUUGCCGGUGGCCGCUGCGGGCGCAACCACAAAGGCUAAUCCGAAGAAGUGAGGAAGCUCGUAGAAUCGAUGCUUCCUCUUCGAACUCAGGUCGGCUCCCGUUACCUUCUCACCAUUCGCCGUAGCCAGCUCCCUGAGCGUUUGCAUGAGCUCUUCCGUGUGGAGAAGCUCCGGUGACCAUGUAGGGAGAAAGAGAGAAAGCUCCAGGUACUUGGGACGAGGUCAGCGCUGUCGGCACGCCGCCCCGCCUCCCAACACACCCCCGGUGCGGCCGGUGGGCCCGUCGGACCUGGUGGGAAUUCCGGCCUCCAGUUGUGGCCUGGUCUCGAGCGCCACGAAAUCUCGCGUCGUCUCGCGAGAUUCUAAGUUGAAGGAACAUGGCGACGUCCAAUCUGUUAAAGAAUAAAGGAUCCCUUCAGUUUGAAGACAAAUGGGAUUUCAUGCGUCCAAUUGUUUUGAAGCUUUUACGCCAGGAAUCUGUUACAAAACAGCAGUGGUUUGAUCUGUUUUCGGAUGUGCAUGCAGUCUGUCUCUGGGAUGAUAAAGGCCCAGCAAAAAUUCAUCAGGCAUUAAAAGAAGAUAUUCUUGAGUUUAUUAAGCAAGCACAGGCACGAGUACUGAGCCAUCAAGAUGAUACAGCUUUGCUAAAAGCAUAUAUUGUUGAAUGGCGAAAAUUCUUUACACAAUGUGAUAUUUUACCGAAGCCUUUUUGUCAACUAGAGAUUACUUUAUUGGGUAAACAGGGCGGCAAUAAAAAAUCAAAUGUAGAAGACGGUAUUGUUCGAAAGCUCAUGCUUGAUACAUGGAAUGAGUCAAUCUUUUCAAAUAUAAAAAACAGACUGCAGGAUAGUGCAAUGAAGCUAGUACAUGCUGAAAGAUUAGGAGAAGCUUUUGAUUCUCAGCUGGUCAUUGGAGUAAGAGAAUCCUAUGUUAACCUUUGUUCUAAUCCUGAGGAUAAGCUUCAAAUUUAUAGGGACAAUUUUGAGAAGGCAUACUUGGAUUCAACAGAGAGAUUUUAUAGAACACAGGCACCCUCGUAUUUACAGCAAAAUGGUGUACAGAAUUAUAUGAAAUAUGCAGAUGCUAAAUUAAAAGAAGAAGAAAAACGAGCACUACGUUAUUUAGAAACAAGACGGGAAUGUAACUCUGUUGAAGCACUGAUGGAAUGCUGUGUAAAUGCCCUGGUGACAUCCUUUAAAGAGACUAUCUUAGCAGAAUGCCAAGGCAUGAUCAAGCGAAAUGAAACUGAAAAAUUACACUUAAUGUUUUCAUUGAUGGAUAAAGUUCCUAAUGGGAUAGAGCCAAUGUUGAAAGACUUGGAGGAACAUAUCAUUAGUGCUGGCCUUGCAGAUAUGGUAGCAGCUGCUGAAACUAUCACUACUGACUCUGAGAAAUAUGUCGAGCAGUUACUUACACUAUUUAAUAGAUUUAGUAAACUUGUCAAAGAAGCUUUUCAAGAUGAUCCACGAUUUCUUACUGCAAGAGAUAAGGCAUAUAAAGCAGUUGUUAAUGAUGCUACCAUAUUUAAACUUGAAUUACCUUUGAAGCAGAAAGGGGUAGGAUUAAAAACUCAACCUGAAUCAAAAUGCCCCGAGCUGCUUGCCAAUUACUGUGACAUGUUGCUAAGAAAAACACCAUUGAGCAAAAAACUAACCUCUGAGGAGAUUGAAGCAAAACUUAAAGAAGUGCUCUUGGUACUCAAAUACGUACAAAACAAAGAUGUUUUUAUGAGAUAUCAUAAAGCUCAUUUGACACGGCGUCUUAUAUUGGACAUUUCUGCUGAUAGUGAAAUUGAGGAGAAUAUGGUAGAGUGGCUAAGAGAAGUUGGUAUGCCAGCAGAUUAUGUGAACAAGCUUGCUAGAAUGUUUCAGGACAUUAAAGUGUCUGAAGAUUUGAACCAAGCUUUUAAGGAAAUGCACAAGAAUAAUAAAUUGGCUUUACCAGCUGAUUCAGUUAAUAUAAAAAUUUUGAAUGCUGGUGCCUGGUCAAGAAGCUCUGAGAAAGUCUUUGUCUCACUUCCUACUGAACUGGAAGAUUUGAUACCUGAAGUAGAAGAAUUCUAUAAAAAAAAUCACAGUGGCAGAAAAUUACAUUGGCAUCAUCUCAUGUCAAAUGGAAUUAUAACAUUUAAGAAUGAAGUAGGUCAAUAUGAUUUGGAGGUAACAACGUUUCAGCUGGCUGUGUUGUUUGCAUGGAACCAAAGACCCAGAGAGAAAAUCAGCUUUGAAAAUCUAAAACUUGCAACUGAACUCCCUGAUGCUGAACUUAGAAGGACUUUAUGGUCUUUAGUAGCUUUCCCAAAGCUCAAACGCCAAGUUUUAUUGUAUGAACCUCAAGUCACCUCACCCAAAGACUUUACAGAAGGUACCCUCUUCUCAGUGAACCAGGAAUUCAGUUUAAUAAAAAAUGCAAAAGUUCAGAAGAGGGGUAAAAUCAACCUGAUUGGACGCCUGCAGCUCACUACAGAAAGAAUGAGAGAAGAAGAGAAUGAAGGAAUAGUUCAACUACGAAUACUAAGAACCCAGGAAGCUAUCAUACAAAUAAUGAAGAUGAGGAAGAAAAUUAGUAAUGCUCAGCUGCAGACUGAAUUAGUAGAAAUUUUGAAAAAUAUGUUCUUGCCACAAAAGAAAAUGAUAAAAGAGCAAAUAGAAUGGCUAAUAGAGCACAAAUACAUCAGAAGAGACGAAUCUGAUAUCAACACUUUCAUAUAUAUGGCAUAAUUUGAAUAUCAUGGACAAUAUUAAGAACCCAAAUUUUGGAGUGCUUGGGCAGAAAGUUGUAACAGUUUGUGCUGGGGGAAGGUUUAUUUGGACUUUGAUUACAUAAAUAUUAAAAUCUCUGCCUUACCUAACAAAACAACUAUAUUUUGCCAAUCACAUUAGUUAGCAUGAUGGCAUUCCCUUCAUGUUACACACUUUAACAGCAUGCUGUUUUGUGGAGACACUUGCAUUCAUGGAGAGCCCUUUAUGAACUUUUUAAAAGGAAAUUUGACUUAUACCCACUAGAAGAAAUACAGUUGGGAAGGGUGAGGGUGGGGUUCUCAUUGCUUUUUUUUUUUUCCUCCUUUUUCCCCGUUCUCUCAAAAAUGUACUUGCACAAGGAAGGAUCUUCACAUGUUUGUGCACUGAAAAAUGCUGUUAUGUUUUGUUUUUACAAUGCAAUUAAAACUAGAAAUAGCACUCUUGGUUUCUUUUGAUCAGAAGAGUGAGAUGGUCUGCCCAACAUUGGGAGAGGGCAGACGUAGGUGAGAAGAUACAUAUUUAAUAAGUAUCAAGUUAGUUGUUCAAACACUGCUUCAGUAUAAUAACUGGAUUUUAAUGAUGACCUAAAAAUGGUAUUAAAUUUUUCCAAUGUACAGAUACUGGCUUUCUUUAAUCAGGAGACUGUUUUAGUUGUUUGUUGUUAAAUGAUAAGGAGUAUUUUUUAUCUUACAUGGUUGGAGAGCUUGUUUUGAAAAAUUGACACUUAUAUUACUUGUUUCUUCAAUUGUUUUUAAAAAAUGUAUGGAGAUAAGUGGGUCAUUUUGAUUGCAGUCAAAAUAGCAAAAUUAGGUGUACUUACUAAUACACUACAUAUAUAUAUUAAAAACAAAUGUUACAUAUAUGUAAUAUAUAGGUAUAAUGUAUAGGUAUACCUAUAUAUUAUAUAUAUACCUACUAUUUGUUAUGGCAUAUUCAAAUGUAUUGAAAAGAAGGCAGAAAUCUGCUCCCCUAUAAUACAGCUAUGUAACUGAUCCCUUAAUUUGUAGCAUAGAAAUAUUUUGGUAUUUUAAAGUCUCUUGAUUAGGGAUUUGUAGCCUCAGGUUUCUGGAAAGGAAGACAUUCUCUUUGUAAAAGUAAUAAGUAUUAGUCAUUUAGGAUGAGCAAAGCCACAACAUAGGUACAGACCUGAAAAGCAUAAGCAGAAUUGUUACGAUCUUAAUAUGAGCGGUAAACUUGCCAAAUAUAUGUACAUAUAUAUUUAUAUAUUUUAAAAAUAAACAUUUUUAAAAUGUUCAGGAGGCAACUCUUACCUUGUUCCUUUUAGUCAGUCCAAAGUAGCAACUUGUUAGUUGCUGGUAAUGGAAUAUCCAGAGUAGUAAAGAUUUUCAGAUUUAACAACAUGCACAACUUAAAAGAGAAAAAACUUAUUCCCCAUUGGGAAGGUAUGGUGCAACAUGGAUUUUUAUUCAUUAUGGUACACAUUUCAAGUUUUAUUCGAUCUUAUUAUGUAUCUUGUUUGAUAGUGAGUAAAAUUUUUAACGUAUGGUUUUGGAGUGAGUAGGAAAUGGAGUGCCGGAGCACUGCAGAGAACCGCAGCGCAGCCAGCGUUGCCGCCGGGAGCUCUCAGGAGGGCUUUGUGGGACCUGCCCCCCAGGCCCAGGAGGCUUUGUGAGCUCCCUAGUGAAAGGAAGGAAAACAAACAUAAAACACUUACGGUUUUGCUGGUUAUAGUGAAAUGCCUGCUCUGAAACUGAUAGGAAAUUGGAAUUUUGUUUCUAAUUUAAAAUCUUACACUUGAGUUCUAAGGUAGCAUAUGUAAAUUAUUAGACCAAGUAUAUUGUGAAGAAUCAAAUUAAUGUGCACCUUUUUCUCUAAUUAAAUGACUGCUAACGAUGGAGAAAUUUUUUACAAAUUUUAAUAACUGCGGUCCUCAGGCUUAACAAAUAGUUUGCUAUUGGCAUAUUUGCUUAUCCAGUACAAGAAUGCCAAAGGAAGAAAGACUGGAAGGAAAUAUUACAGGCCAUUUUUUAAAGUUUAAGAUUUGUUGUUUUAAAUCAUAAUUAUUCUCAGAACUUUUGUGGAAUUUCUAAAAAAAGAAACUUAAGAGUGAAAGCCAUGAUGUUUUGAUUUAAUAAAGGCAAAUUUAAUGCAAAAGUGGGUAACUCAUAGCAAACUUUUCUAUUAAAUUUUAUAAAUUUUUAAGUAGCUAAUUAUGUCCUAAUUGUAUUUUGGGGAACAUAACAGCAGUAAAUACUGUAGACUCACAGUUUUCGUAAUUUUUUUUGUUGUAUACACAGACCUUUAAUUACUUUUUGGUGUAUAUGAAAACCAUUCAGUUGACAAGGUGCCUAUACCAUUAUUGAAUUUUCUUUAAAUAUGUUUGAUGAUAGUAUUGCUAAUUUAAAUAAAAAGAAUCUGAAAAAACAAACCUUACCAGCAAUUUGCUAAAGACAGAACUUCACCAUGAGUAUUCUUUAUCUGGUUCCUUUUAUAUAAUGUGCACUUAAAAUUAGUGCUAUCUGAGCAGGAAUUAAACCUGACAUAGUUAAGGGGGGGAAAUAUAUACCUUUUUUUCCCCUCACGAGUAGUGUGGCAAUAGGACUCUUCGCAGGUUAAUUUAAGCUUCGAACAUUUGUCUUCUAAUUUAAAGAUGGAGUCAUCUCAGAAAUGUUAACCUUUAUUGCCAUCUCAUUGCCAGAGUAAAUAGACAUGAAAAUAAAUUUACAAAGUAAAAAUAUAGAACAGUUUUAAUGCUUACAUUGGAAUAAAUUUUAGACCAUUACAGUUCCAAUGAUUUAAUGAGGAUCUUGAAAUAAAUUCUAAAGUCUUCCAUUUUUUACAUUUAUUGGAGGGUCUCUGCAUUCUGUCAACCUGUUUGUUUAAGUCUCUUACCUUUACUUUAUGCAUAAAUGUCAAAAUCCAAAAAAUGAAAUGUUAGCUUUUUUGUUUUUAUUUCCUAUUAAAUUUAAUACAAAAUAUGACUGGGAUAGUUUAAAAGCAUUAUGUAUUAUUUGCAGUAGGAUUUCAUUAGCCCUCAAAGGGCAAAUUUUUAAAAUUCAAUUUGGGUGAAAGAUUUGCUAGUUUUCCAGAAAGGUUUGCUAUCUUAAACUCAAGGUGGUUUUUCUAUUUUCAUGUAAAUGACUGGAAUGCUAUCUUAUAAACUUUCCCAAGGUCAUGUUUGUGAGUUAAACAUUACACAAGAGCUUUCCCGUCAUCUACACUGUAUACGCCUUCUGGAGUGUUGAACAAAUUUGAGUUCCUAAGUUGUAAUCUAUCCUCGGAUGGUAUUACGAUUUUGAAUGUGCGCCACUACAUACUGAGAUGAUAACGCUGUACAAUUUUAAAUAGUAGCAGUUUCUGUAUGCAGUAGGCUGAAAUAUUUUGAUGAACUGCUUAAUUUUUGAAUUUUAUUUUUAAGUUGUAUAAUUUAUUUUCUUGCAAAAUAAAAAUGUAAUAUAAAA